AUGCCUAUCUGUGGAGCAGAUAGCUGCUUAGAUCCUUCAUUCAACUUUUGUGCAUAGAUAGAUGAUAUUGUUUCCUUUUAUGCAGGUAAAUAAACAAAUGGUUAUUGUGCUCAAAGAAAUUAAGAAUACACUAGUAUUUAGAUGUGUGCUUCAUAACACUGUAUUAAAAGUUAUACUUACUCGUACUAGAGCAAUGGAUAAUAACAUUCUUAUGUAACAUAUUCUUGCAUCAAAUUAAUGUCAUAUAGUUAUGUGGGUUAUGACCAUAAUUAUUAUUGCUUAAGUUAUGGCUAAGCAAAUGCAAUUAAAUGCCUAAAAGAUUAAUUUUGUUUGGACCAAAAAUCUAAUUCUUGUAUGUAUCUUUCCUCUAACAUACUAGAUAGCAGAUUUGCAAGAUAAGUAAAUACUGAUUUCUGUUUAUCAUAGUAAGUUGCUACUCUAAUUGGAGACCAGAUAGAAGAAUGUGUUAGGGGUUAUUGUGUUUAUACAGAUCCAAUCACUAAUUUUUAAACUUGCAAAGAAGUAGGUAUCAAGUAUUAAUACUGUGCUGAUCAAGAAGGAAAAUGCACUUUCAUAUAUACAAAUUUAUGCUCAUAUUGUCCAGAUGGAUAUUGCUAAUUUAGUGAUAACUAAGGCUAUUGUUUAUACGGAAAAGAACUAAUUUAAAAGUUAGGCGAAAAAAAUUGUGCUAUUAAAGUAAACAACAAUGGAUUAUGUUAAAUAUUAAACAUAAAUUCAUAGAAAUAUUUUAAGUACGAUGUUUGCACUGAUAUAAAUGGUUUUUGUUAAAACAUUUAUGAUAGGACUAAACUUUGCUAAUAAUGCCCUAACAUCUAUAGAAAUCCUGGAAAUCAGACUUGUUAUUCUAUUGAAUAAACUCAACAAUUUUUGUAACUUAAAUUAGUAUUUAAUAUGAAUUUAGAUUACAUGUAAGAUGAUUGCUAUGAUUAGAAUAAUUGCUUAUCAAAUUAAUCUUUGAAAUGUCCUUAUGGAUGCUUUUCAUGCAACUCUUAAUUUAACUGCACAUAAUGUUAGAAAGGUUUUUUUAUGUAUAAAAACACAUUAAAUAACUACAAUUAGUGUGUUUUGUGUCCUUAAAUAAACUAUUAUUAUUAAAAAUGUAUUGAUUGCUCCUCAGAGUUAGAUUUAUGGAAUUAGAAUUAGUAAUUUAAAACAUGUAGGAACUUCGAAACGAAUAAUUAUUAAAACCGUUUAUAAUAAAUGAAUAAUUAAGCCUUGAGCUAUAUUGUAAAUUAUAAUGGAAAUAACAUUUCAGUCUAUAAUUUUUGGAACUGUCCUACAAAUUGUAUUUCAUGCUAAAUGUAAGGUAUCAAUAAUGCCAUAUGCUUAUCUUGUCAAUAAGGAUUUGUUUUGGAAUCUUCAAAUUGUGUUCCUUGUCCAAAUAAUUGUACCAAAUGUGAGUUUGCAAUUUUUGUAUCUGGAAAAAAAGCUUUAUUAAAAAGUUCACUUUCUUAGAAGCAGCUUUCAAGUGGAUAAUAUGCAAAUGUUGUUUGGACUUUAAUAUGUCUUUAGUGUCCUAAUAUGUAAUUAGUCAGAUAUGAUUUACUGGGUUGUGAAGUUUGUGGAUAAAAUUGUUUUUAAUGCGUUUACAAAAAUAUUUACGGAAUUAUAAACGAUCAAUAGAAUAAUUUAGUGUAAAUGACUUAAUAAGAUAUUAUUAACUUAGGUUAUAAAAAAGUAUGCUAGUCUUGUUAUUAGGGUAUUGUAGAUGGAUCAGGUUAAAAUUGUACAUAAUAUUAGAUUAUACCUUACUGUUAGUCAUAAACUUUUCUUAUAAAUGAUUCAAUUUAAUUAAACAUCUAUCCUUUAUACUAUUUAGAUAACUAGGUUACUAAAUUUUAAUUAAUUUGUACUUUAUGCGGUAAUGGCUAUUUAUAGACAGCAGAUAAAUAAAAUUGCAAUUUAUCAAAUAAUUAAAUAAAUUAUUGUGGUUCCAAUGUAUUUGAUUAAGAUUCUAAUGCUUGUCUCAAUUAAGAAUGCAGAAAUAUGAUUUAUAAUUGUUAUGCAUGUUACUCUUAUAAAACAACUUGGAACUCAAAUAUUAUACAAAUCUAUUAAUGCACAUUUUGUUAAUGGGGAUAUAUUCCAACUUUAAAAGGAUGCCUUCCAUGCCCAGAAGGAUGCGCUUAUUGUUAUGAAGGAUCUAAGUUUUACAAAUAUACUGAAGAUUUAGCUUAAAUGAAAUAUAAGUUUAGUUAUUAAGAUCGUUUAGAUUAUAGAUUUGGAGCUUAACAGUAAAUUUUAUGUACAAGCUGUUAAAGUGGGUAUUUUUUGGAUGCCAAUACUUAAUAAUGUAUAAAGCUUAUAUGUGGGAAGUAUUGCAAGUAUUGUUAAUUUGAUUAUUAAAAUAAUAGACCUUAUUGUUCUUCCUGCGAUACUAAUGCACUAUCUAAUUUAAUAAAAGAUUAGUAAUAUUGGAUUGCAAGACUUUACUUUAAUUAAAAUUAAUUACCAGAUAUCAAUUAAUUAAUUAAAAUCACAGGAGAUGGGACUGAUUGUAUGAUUUGCCCAAUAUUAUGCAGCACUUGUUUUAAUGUGGGUGAUAUUUCUAAAAACCCAUAUUUUCUUUACUAAAGUUAAUGCAUGUCUUGUAAGGACAAUUUAAAUGGAUUCUCUUCAAAUUUAAAUGACUAUUAAAUAGCAUAUGAUAAAUCAAAAAGAAAAUGCUAUUUAUGUAAUAAUAAAAACUAAGGAUGUCAUUAUCAAAAAUAAAAAGUGAUAUACGCUUAGUGCUCUAAUAUAGGUAAACCUUUAGGAGAUGGAUCUUUGCAAAAUCCUAUAAAUUUUAAUAGGCUUUAAGAUAUAAAUAUUGAUAAAAUUAUUCUAAAUGAAUUACCUUAUGAUCAAUUGAUUGUUUAUUAUAAUGAAUUAUAAAUAAAUUUGAGGGAUAAUUUAAACUUAUAAUUUAUGUAUAUUACUAAUACUUAUAAUAUUAAUAUUGAUACUUUAGACUACGCCUAAACCGAUGAGUAAUAUAUAUCCUAAGUUUCUUCCAAGCAAACUACCUCUAUGUCAUUUUUACAUAUAUCCUCAGACUUAAGCUCAGAAAUCAGUAUAAAAGAUGUUUAAUAUCAAUUAGCUAAUCUUUAGAGUACAAUUAGUUUUGCUAGCUUAUAGCAAAUAUCUGCUUUUUUAAAUAUAAAGGCUUUAAUAAGUUCAGUUUAAAUAGAAAAUGCUGUUUUUUCUGAUAUAAGUCCUUUUCUCAUAGCACCUUUAUUUAACAUUUUUUCAUAAACAACCAUAUUUAAACUAAUUUCUGUUAAUUUCAACAAAUUUGAUUUGCAAAAUAUUAAAUAAAAUAAUUCUUACAAGUUAGGAGGUGCAGCUUAUAUAUAAAGCGUUACCACAUAAAUAAUUAGUUCUAACAUAACAAAUUGCUAAGCAAUUUAAGGUGCUGGUAUUUAUUUAGUAAUUGUAGAUUUUGGUAAUGUCUAAAUUAAAUAAAGUAAUUUUGUAAAUAACAUUUCCUAUUUAGACAAUAAUUUUGAGUUACAAGGAGGAGCUAUUUACUUCGACGGUAAAUAAUCAUACGGAUUCGAUAUUUCCAUUUAAUAAACUAAUUUCACUAAUAACUUUGCUUCUUUUCGAGGAGGUGCUGUCUAUUUAAUAACACCUUUUUAAUAUGGUUGCUCACUAAGUAUACUAAAUAGUAAAUUUAUCAACAAUUUGAGCUUAUAAGGUAGUUAAAUUUUUGUCUAAGGAAAUUUAUAAGAUAAGACUAAAUUAGAAAUUAAUAAUAUUUAGUUAUUAAAUUACAUUUCAUAGCUAUUCUAGCAAAUGACCUUCUUAAAAGCUCUUAUUUUGAAAAACAAAUAGUAUUAAUACUAUGUAUCAUCAAAUAUUUAAGUUAGUAAUAUUUAAUACUUUUAAUUAGAAUAAUCAAAUUUAAGUAUCAUAAGUGAUCCAUCAAAUCUAAUAAAUAUAGAAUAGCUUAUAUUUUAGAAUAUUCUUUAAGUAGAUGGUUUAAAAAAAUUUGAUUGUUUCUUAACUACAUUUGAAAAUAGUAUUUAUAAAAUAUCUUUGAUUUCUUUAAAUAACAUAAAUCAAACUUAAUUCUAAUAUGUGACAAUUUAAAACAAUACAAAUUAUUAUGAUUACUUGAUUACAAAAUAAAAUAAAACUUUUCAAAAUACAAACUUACUUUAAAUAUUUUCUAAUUCAGUUUCAGUAAGCCAUUCUAACUUCACUAAUAACACUUGCUCAGUUUGUUAAAAUGGCAAUAUUCUAAUUAAUUCAGUAAAAAUUCAUUUAAGCUUGAACUAUUUUUAGAAAAAUAUUGCACUAAAUGGAGGAGCUCUUUACAUUUCAAAUUAAAUAGGAGUCUUUUAAAAUACAUUGAAUGGCAAUAAUUCGAGAAUCCUUUAAUAAAUAAAUUCAAAUAAAACAAAUUCUUUUAUAUUUGAUUCAUACACUAUUAUUAGUAAGUGUUCAUUUGAAGAAAAUUAAUCAGUUUUAAGCGGAGGAGCUAUUUAUCUCUAAAACUUUCCAGUAAUAAUUCAAACAUCCAAAUUUAUUUAAAAUAAUGCUCAAUUAAAUGGAGGAGCUAUCUUUAGUCAAGAUGAGUAAAACUCUUAUUUAGAAUCAAUUAAUUGUUUAUACUAGUAAAAUACAGCUUUAAACGGAGGAGCUGUUUAUUCAGUAUAAGGUAAUUCUUUACAAAGCUAAAAAACAAAUACAUUUAUUUAGAAUAAAGCUUCAGUUUUGAAUAAUGAUAUAUUUGUUAGUCCUACUUAAAUGAUGAUUACGAUAAAUAAAGUAUUACAUGAUAAUAAAAAACCUAAAAUAUAAAUAUCGGAUCAUAUAAGUGGCUAUAUGGAGGAAGAAAUUUUGAUAUCACUAGCAAAUAACGAAGGAGAUGUAUAUUAAAAUAUUGAUUAACCUGAAGUAUUGCAGAUUUAAAAAAUAAGUGGCUAAGGUUAUAUAUCGCCAAACACUUUAAGUCAAAUAAACGGUAUAUAUAAUUUAACAAAGCAAGUUAAUAUAUAUGGAAAUUUCGGAUAAAAUUUAACACUAAAAAUCUAUAGUGAUAGUAUAAAAGUACCUAAUUUUGAUAGACUUACAGGAUAAGUAACAUAUACUAGAGGAUUUUCAGUAACUCUGCAAAUAAAUAUGAUUUAAAAGUGCCCUGUUGGAUAUGUUUCAAAAAAGAAUAUUCUAAACUAUGAUGUUUGUAUUAUGUGUAAGGGGUCCUAUUCUUUUGAUCCAGAUUCUUAAGUUUGCACUCCUUGUCCUGUUUAGAAAGCUAUAUGUUAUGGAAGUUUUAUUUAACUUCCUCAGGGGUAUUGGAGAUCUAGUUCAAAUUCUAGUCUAUAUUAUGAGUGCGAAUCAGAUUUUAUAAAAUGCAUAGGAGAUAAUUCUACAUUAUUUAAACAAGUAUCCUAAUAUAAGUUAAAAGACUCAUAUGAAGUCUACUAUUGUAAUAGAGGAUAUGUUGGAGCUCUUUGUGGGGAUUGUGAUAUCAACCAGGCUUUUUGGGAUUCUAAAUUUUAUAAAUCUAGCUAUAAUAGCUGCAAAUAGUGUAGAAAUAAUUUGGCUAUAAGCAUGCCUAAUAGGUUUUUAUUGUUAAAAUAUUAAAAAUAUUUUCUUCAAAAAUUGUAUCAAGCGGAUAAUAAAGUCAAGUCAAUUAAAUUAAAUUAAUUUUGA